AUAGAUUAAACGUCAAAAUGGCUCCCGUUGAUCCUUUUACAGCAUAUGCUGUAACUGCUUUUGCCAUUGUGUUUAUCAUACUUGUAGUAACCUUAAUAAAUAAAUUUAGAUCAACUCCACCUAGUACAGAUAAACCAAGAGUUGUUGCUCCUGUUGGCAUUCCCCCUGCUAGGAAUGGUCCACCCGGUAUGCGAAGAAGAGUCAGAAGGAACAGGAUGGCAGUUGAUGAUGCUUCAGAUGAUGAUGAUGAUGAGGAUGACAUACCAGAAGUUGAUGUUUCAAAGCCAGAAGAAAAAAUUGGAGCUAAAAAGAUGAAAAAACUACAAGAAAAAGCUGAGAGGAAAGCAAUGAGAGAACAAGAGGAAAGAGACAGAGAAGAGAAGAAGAAAAGAGAAAAAGAGCUGGAGUUGCAAAGAAAACAAAGAGAGGAGCUUGAAAAACAAGAAGCUGCAAUAAAAGAAGAAGAGGAAAGAAAAAAGAAAGAAGAACAGGAACAAAGAGAGCAUGAAGAAUAUCUCAAGAUGAAAGCCUUUUUCUCAGUUGAUGAAGAAGGUCUAGGAGAAACUGAAGCUGAUCUCAAUAGUGAGUCAUUACUGGGUCAGUUUAUAAAUUAUAUUAAAGAAACCAAAGUAGUGAUGUUAGAGGAUUUAGCUGGCCAUUUUAAACUCAAGGUUCAGGACGUCAUUCAGAGAGUCCAAGAUCUACAGGCUGAAGGUCGUUUGACCGGUGUCAUUGAUGACAGGGGCAAAUUUAUUUACAUCACCAUGGAGGAGUUGGAAGCAGUUGCUCGCUAUAUUCGCCAAAAUGGUCGUGUGUCUAUCUGUGACCUUGCAGCAUCCAGCAACAGGUUGAUAAACCUUGACCCAGAUACCUCAUCUUUAGCCAAGAAAAUAGCAGCAGAGGUGGAAGACUUUGUUGCAACAGAAGAGAUAACUGCGUAGCUUUUUGUUUAUGUUUUGCUUGUAUAUUAUUGGGAUUAUAGUCAUUAAAUUUAUUUAUAUAUAUAAA